GUGUCCAGGUCCGUGUCUGUGGGUGUGUCUCCUUGUCUCUGUGUCUCUCUGCCCCCGCUGUCCUCUCGGUCCCUGAGACCCUUUAACCUGUGAAGACGUCCAGGGUCACAGGUGAGGUUCUUGGGAGCCAGGAGGCCGGCCCAUCAACUGACAAGAGCCAGGAUCCUCUGUAGCCAUGACCCUCUGACCUUGGCCUGACCGAUGACCCCAUCCUCCAGCCCUAACCUUCAAGUCCAGCCUCCACCCGGGAACCUGCUGGAGGAUGACUAGGACACCUGAGUCCCUGCGAGGUGUCUGAGCUGAAGGACAGCUCGUCCUUGGGAACGGGGCGGGGCUGAGCAGGGGUCCUUGAGUGGCAGGGGGACAAACCCUGAGAUCCCCAGCGAGGGAGACCUGGGGCUGCGUCCCCUCCCCCACUUUCCCGAUGACCUCACAAAGGCGGUCUUCUCACGCCGCCCGCCCAGGCCCCGGCUGUGUCCCUGCAAUGGCCCCCCUGGCCGUGGAGCUGGCCCUCAGGCUGGUGGUGAUGAGCCUCCCGGUGUCCUGGGGCUGCCUCCUCUGUUUCACCUCCAAGUCUGACCGGCAGCGUCUCUGCCAGCUCUUCACAGGCCUGCCGGAGCACCGGGGCUCCCACUGUGAGAUCCGGCUGCUGGAAGCCUUCAAGGGCCUGACCCACGCCCAGAUAAAUUAUGCCGAGAGAGCCCAACUGAGCGACGCCUUCACUCAGAUGGUCUUCACCCUGGAGGAAAAGGCCGCAGCCAAAGAGUCCUACGAAGUGGCCUUCCCCGCCGCUGCCCAGAGCCUGGAAGAGACGCUCAAGGAGCUGAGCAAAGCCCCCGACUGCGUGCCGCCUUGCGGGUUCCAGGAGCUGGCCCGACUCUUCUUCUGCAACUCGUGCGCUGCCCAUGACUGUGACCUUCCGCUGGACUGCCCGAUCAAGGACUUGCUGGUGCGAGCGGGAGGCCAGGCUGCCUUCUCCUGCUCCGUGUCUUUCUCCACUCCCUUGGAGGUGACCUAUGCCUGGAUGUUUGCGGGGAACAUCCGAACCCGGGACCUCUCCUACUUCCGGGUUUUGCCACGAGCCCAGGAUGUGUUUGCGCGGAUCCGGCCGGUUCGGCCCUCGCACCGCGGGACUUUCUCCUGCCUCAUUAGCUUCGACCAGCAACGCCUGGCGCGCCUGUUCUUCUUCCUCAAUGUGACUGCAGGGAAACCGCAGGUCGAAUUAGGCCUGCAGACCAUAUUCGGGAUGGUGCUGAAGGCAAGAGGCUCCAAGGCAGACUGUCCCGAGCCCUGGAGGCCGAGCUUCUCCGCGCUGCUGGCUCACCCUCGGGCCCUGACCACCAGAAACCUGUGCCUGCUUGGGCUGGCGGCUGGCCUGGGCGCCACGACCCUCAUCCUGCUGGGCAUGUUGCUGUAUCGUUGUUGUUCCGAAUGCUAAAGGGCCCGUCCUCUUCAUCCUGUAUCCUCCACUCACCCCAAUAAAGCUAUUUCAAACCCAAGGCAGUCCAGGUUCCUAGGAUCAAAGUUACAGUGCGGCGGCCCAAGGCUAAGGCACCUAAAGCGUGCUAGGGGAGGGGAAGGUCUGGAACAUCCCGUUAGAAGGUAAACUCCCAGAACCUUCAGCCCUGCGCCUGGCACGUAGUAGGAGGUUAACUGAUACCGCUGCCCAACCCCUUUCCUUCUGGAGCUCACCCGUAAAAAAGCACCAUCACAAAAAGUCCUCGGAGAUUGAAACACAACUCUACGAACACACAAGUUUUAGGCAGCCCUGGAAAGUCCUUCCUAGGCGAGCCGAUGGCUCGCCCCAGUGCACCCAGGAAACCCUCACCCUCCUAAAACCAGAUUUAGAACCACAAGGGAUCCCACAGGUCAUCUUCUCUCAUCCAGCCUCUUUUACAGAUGGGGAAACUGAGGCCCAGAGGGCGUGGCAGAGAGGAGAUAAAAGCCCGGGUUCUCGUACUCUGAAUCGGGCUCUAGACACAUGGCAACACACUGUCUCCAGGUUUAAAGACAAAUGGAGAGGAGAGAUUCCGGACAGGCAGCCGGAGGCGACCUGGGUUCUCAAUCCGAAGCCCUCCCCUGAACAGCCUGAGUAACUUGGGUCGAAUUUUUUUCCUCCCUCUUGGCUCUUUCCGCUAUAAAAGUGUCUGGAACGUGAGCGGCUUGGGCUCCGGGAGCUCCCGGUUCUGACUCCAGGCUUCCCAGAACUCUCCUCUCCUAUUCCGCUGCCGCCUGAAAAGGGUUAAUUCAAUCUCGGAAGGGAGCAGCAGCCGGGAAACGCGAUUGCGCAAUGUUACUAGCGGGAGGGGGGACGAGACUUAAGGGGCUGAGGCUGGGAGCAAAGCCAGGAGCCUCCCUUCUCGCGCACGCGCAGUCGUUAUUCAAGGUUAACCCUUUCUUUGCCUUACGGGUGAGUGCUGCGGUUCUGUCUCUGGAUGCGUGAGGAGAAUGCUGAAGCCGUGCUUGGAUGGAGAUGCGGAUUCGGGGGAGCCAUAGCAACGAGGAUCUCAAAGGCUGCCGGCCUCUUUUUUGGGGGGGGGAGGGGGAACGAUGCUACAUUUGGAGUCAGUAGAUCUCGGGUCGAAUCUCAGUCUUUCAUUCGCUGUCUUAGUUUCUGGAAAAUGGGGAGUAGAUUCCGGGGCUCGAAAUCUAUUGUUCAUCCCCAAAUUUUGCCUCUCACUGGCUGAUGGUCCCGUGAGCCGCACAACUGUCCCCUGACCUGCAUGCUUGGAGGGAACUUCCGAGCCCAGAAAAUGCCAGGUCCAGAAGUCAUUUGCCAAAUGGGGAAGGAAAUGAGUUAGGAGGACACUCGGCACGCCUCUGGAGGGGGUUCAAACCCCCUCCUCUUGCAGAGGGACCUCUUGCAGAGAGGGACAUCGAGACUUGACAGGCCCCAAAGCUGGCCUGCCUUGGUGGGGGCGGGGUGGAGGGGGAGAGAGGUACCGCCAACUCCCUCGGGUUAGGUAACCGAUUGUUGGCUCCAUACUCGGCAUCUCUUCCAAUGACCCCCGGCGUCUCUGGAGCCGAUAACUCCAUAGAUUCUCCGGAGGAAUUCCGGGAGACGAGAGAAAUCCCUGAGGUGUCAAUCCCUCAGCCCCGCUCCCCUUCCUCAGGUAUCCAGACCCCUCCCACUUCCUCAGAGACCCAGGAAUUCUAAUGCCCCAGUCCCAGGCCAGUCGAUCAAUCAAACCACCGCAGACCAGGUCGGAAAAUAAAUAAAACUCUUUAUUGCUCUUUGAGUGGAUGCGAAUUAAAUAAGGUUCAGAGUCAGAGGCCACCGUGGUCUCUUCACCCCCUGUGGACAGAAGACACCCCUUCGGCCCAAUAAAUACCCCCUUUCCCUCAAGACACUGGCGUCUCCAAGCUAGCCCAGUGCGGCUAAUGAAACUACAAUUCUUGGCUCCUCGGUUAGCUGCAAGGUUUGCUGGGAAUUGUAGUGUUCGUUUCCAGACACAAAGAACACGAAGGGCUCAAAGAGGGACCCUGGAAGCCCCUUCCAUCUCUGACACAUCCCAGAGCUCUAUGAAAAGAACUUAAAUAUG